GUUUCUUUUUAAGCUUCUUAACUUUUUUUUUUUUUUCUUCCUCAUUGCAAGAAUCACUGUCCUGUCCUCUCUUCCCCCGUGAGGUGAUUCACUACUAAUCUAUCUACAACCUCUUCCAUCACCUCCUCCUCCUCCCCCCAUAUCUUCCCACCCGCAUUUCCUCUCCUCUCAUUUCCCCGCUGCGGAUCCUCCCGCCUUCUCCUCCAUCACCAUGCCUAUGCUCAAGGACCCCUCCCAGAAAUACAAGCGCUUUCAGCCCCUCCAUCUUCCCGACCGCCAAUGGCCCAACAAGACCAUCGACAACCCACCCCGGUGGCUGGCCACCGAUUUGCGUGAUGGCAACCAGAGUCUGCCCGAUCCUAUGGAUGGACAACAAAAACUCCGCUUCUUCAAGAUGCUCGUCGACAUUGGCUACAAGGAAAUCGAAGUCUCUUUCCCCUCUGCUUCGCAAACCGACUUCGACUUCACCCGUAGCUUGGUCGAGACCCCCGGUCUGUGCCCCGAUGAUGUCUGGCUUCAGGUCCUCUCCCCCUGCAGAGAAGAUCUGAUCCGUCGUACGGUCGAUUCCCUGAAGGGUGCCAAGAAGGCUAUUCUGCACAUCUACCUGGCUACCAGCCCCUGCUUCCGUCGCAUUGUUUUCAACAUGGACAAGCAGAAGAGUUUGGAAAUGGCCGUGCGCUGCACCAAGUAUGCUCGCUCAAUCACCAAGGAUGACCCGUCGACUGCUGGAACCGAAUGGCACUUUGAGUUCUCCCCCGAGACCUUCUCCGACACCGAGCCCGAGUUCGCUGCUCAAGUCUGUGAAGCUGUCAAGGAGGCGUGGGAGCCCACGGAGAAGGACCCCAUCAUCUUCAACUUGCCGGCAACGGUAGAGAUGUCCACCCCCAACGUCUUCGCCGAUCAAGUUGAGUACUUCUGCCGCAAUGUCUCUGAGCGCGAGAAGUAUGUCGUGUCCAUCCAUCCCCACAAUGAUCGUGGCUGCGCCAUUGCCGCUGCCGAACUCGCCCAGAUGGCCGGUGCCCAGCGUGUCGAAGGAACCCUGUUCGGAAACGGUGAGCGGACGGGUAACGUGGACCUGGUCACCUUGGCUCUGAACUUGUAUACCCAGGGUAUCUCCCCCAAGGUGGACUUCUCCGAUAUCAAUGCAGUCAUCAAGGUGGUCGAGGAAAGCAACAAGAUCCCCGUCAACGAGAGAUGGCCCUAUGGUGGUCAGCUGGUCGUCUGCGCCUUCAGUGGCAGUCACCAGGAUGCCAUCAAGAAGGGAUUCAAGCUGCGCGAGACCGCCGGCCCCGAUACCAAGUGGGAGAUCCCCUACCUCCCCUUGGACCCCGAGGACAUUGGCCGGAACUACGAGGCCGUCAUUCGUGUCAACUCCCAGAGUGGCAAGGGUGGUGCCGCCUGGGUCAUCUUGCGCAGUCUGGAGCUGGAUCUCCCGCGCGCCCUGCAGGUCGAGUUCAGCAAGAUCGUGCAGCGCAGAACCGAAGAAGUCAGCCGCGAGCUGCGUCCCUCCGAAGUUGUCGAGCUCUUCCAGGAAGCCUACCACCUCAAGUCCAACCCCCGCUUCAACCUGGUCGACUACAACAUCACCACGGAUCGUUCGCAGUCGCCUGCGCCUCCUGAGCCCGGCAAAGCCCUCAACACCAAGAACCUCAAGCGUCGCUUCACCGGUGUCAUCGAAAUCGACGGCAUCCAGCACGCCAUCACCGGUGUCGGUCCCGGUGCCAUCUCCUCCCUGGCCCACGCCCUGGCCACUCUGGGCAUCGAUCUCGACGUCGUCGACUACAAGGAGCACUCCAUCGGUCUGGGUCGUGAUGUCAAGGCUGCGACGUAUAUUCAGUGCACUGCAGCAGGCAGCAAGGAACAAGUCUGGGGUGUUGGUAUCCACCAGGAUGUGGUCCAGGCCAGUUUGAUUGCCCUGCUCAGCGCCGCCAGCUCUUUCCUGACCAGCCGCUCCGGCUCCCCCGCUCCCUUCCGCCCCAUCCGCUCCAACACCCUCACCGACGACGACCUCCAAGCUCUGGAGAUGCUGAACGGUCCCAACAAGCCCAAGGUCGACAUUGAAGCUCUGACCCAGCAGGCCGAGAGCCAGUAAAUUGUUCAUCUUACAUUAGCUAGCAUACAUCGGUUUCGCUGUCGUCGUCGUCGUCAUCUUCUACUUGCAUUAUAUCUCGGGUCCGUUUUUUUGGUUUCUGUUUUCUUUCAACAUUUUUCUUCUCGGGGUUUUUGGGAAGAGAAAAGUACGAAAAUUGUGUUUUUUUGUCAAGGAAAGACGUAUAUACGGAGAGGAGGUGGGAAUAAAGGGAAGGAAGACGAAAAGGAAGAAAGAAAGGAAGAAUUUUGCUUCGAUUUGUACAGAUUUAGGAAUGACGUG